AUGCAACAAUGCAUUCCAGAAGCCUUCAUGGGCACAAAAUCUGAAGAGAUCCCUAAGGCCAAGGAUUUCCUUGAUGCAAUGGAGAAACGUUUUGCUAGAAACGAUAAGGUUGAAAUGACUUCACUUCUGGCUUCCUUGAUGUCCAUGAAGUAUAAGGGUCGAGGAAAUGUUAGGGAGUACAUUAUAGAAAUGUACCAAAUUGCUUCAAAACUUAAGACACUUAAGAUCGAGUUUUUUGAGGAUUUGCUUGUUCUUAUGGUUUUGGUAUCGCUUCCUGCACAGUUUAACCAAUUCAAAAUCAGUUAUAGCUGUUAA